AUGACUACGUUUCUGGAGUUUCGACGACUGAAAUGGAAGACAUACAUCGACUAUCAAAAGGCGCAGCAAGUAUACGGACAUCCUCCCGGUCCGGUUAAAGGAUUGAGUCGUGGCAGCAUGGGUGCAGAAUGUGUUCUCUGUGUGACGAGAAGUUUGGCGUAUCUGCAUGCAAGUACAGAUAUUUGGUGUAUUGAUUUUUGA